AAAAUAAACGCACAGGCCACUGACCCACUAUAAACAUCACAUUUUCCUAUAUUAUACUUUGAGAAUUGGUUUCAGAGAGAUGCAUUUAUGUGUAUCCAUGUAGAAGCUUCAGCUGAGGGGUCUGAGUGCUGCAGCAGCUGCUGCUGCUGCUGCUGCUGGCUUGAUGCGCUUCAUUCAUGCCUGCAAAAUCCAGCAGCGGCGCGGCAGCUUUAAGACAAUCCGGGCAUCUCUUCAAGUCUGUGGAUGACAUCAUUGAUAUUGUCAAUGGUGUAAACUGAGAGGGCGCUGGGUGGGGGUGUGUGAGGGGGGGAGAGACAGAAGAGCAGCCACAGAAGAGAGAGGGGGAGAAGGAACUCACUGUCUGGCUUCGGCGUUUAUCCUCAUAAAAAUUAAUAAAUAAAGAAAGAAAUCGUGACUGCGAGAAUCUCCCACAGUCGCGCGGCUCGGAUCGGCUGUAUCUUUUGGGAUUUGGGAUAUUUUUUUUUUUAGGAGCGUGUUUUUCUGGAGUGCGUCGUUCGGGUCCGAGGUUAUGAGCCGUCCGAAGCCGCGUCGGUGCGUCGCUGUCCAGGGUCCUGAGUGAGACAGAGCCAGCGGGCGACCACGGAGCCUGACAUAACCCGUGAGUUGAAAAGCUCAGGAGCCAUGGAGUUGAGGGUGGGAAACAAGUACCGCCUUGGGAGGAAGAUUGGGAGCGGAUCCUUUGGAGAUAUUUACUUGGGCUCUAACAUCGCUACAGGAGAGGAAGUAGCCAUUAAACUGGAAUGUGUGAAGACCAAACAUCCACAACUCCACAUUGAGAGCAAAUUCUACAAGAUGAUGCAGGGUGGAGUGGGAAUCCCGUCUAUUAAGUGGUGCGGAGCUGAAGGUGAUUAUAACGUUAUGGUUAUGGAGCUGCUGGGCCCCAGUCUGGAGGACCUGUUCAACUUCUGCUCCCGCAAAUUCAGUCUGAAAACAGUCCUGCUGCUGGCCGACCAGAUGAUCAGUAGGAUUGAAUACAUCCACUCCAAGAACUUCAUCCACAGAGACGUGAAGCCCGACAACUUCCUGAUGGGGCUCGGCAAGAAGGGCAACCUGGUCUACAUCAUUGACUUUGGCCUGGCCAAGAAAUACCGUGACGCCCGAACACACCAGCACAUCCCCUACCGUGAGAAUAAGAACCUCACCGGCACCGCCCGCUAUGCCUCCAUCAACACCCACCUGGGCAUCGAGCAGUCGAGGCGAGACGACCUGGAGUCUCUGGGUUACGUUCUCAUGUACUUCAACCUGGGUUCUCUGCCCUGGCAGGGGCUCAAAGCUGCCACCAAGAGGCAGAAGUAUGAACGCAUCAGUGAGAAGAAAAUGUCCACCCCCAUCGAGGUGCUCUGCAAGGGAUACCCCUCCGAGUUCUCCACUUACUUAAAUUUGUGUCGCUCACUGCGGUUCGAUGACAAGCCAGACUACUCAUAUCUGCGGCAGCUCUUCAGGAACCUUUUCCACAGACAGGGCUUCUCCUACGACUACGUCUUUGACUGGAACAUGCUGAAGUUUGGGGCCAGCAGGAACACGGAGGAUGGAGAGAGGGAGAGGAGGGAGGGAAAAGAGGGGGAGGAGCGAGCAGGAGGAGGCCAAAGAGGAGCCGGGGGUCGAGCUUUGCCACCUGGCCCAAAUCCUUCAGCAGCCAACAGAGGGAGGAAUGAGGCAGACGCUGCUCCAUCAAAUCCGGCCACACGUGGGGUCCAGCAGUCAGGUAACCGCUCUCCUCAGGCAGGGAGAGCAGAGCGAGCUGAGCGCGAGAGGAAGGUGGCCAUGAGGCUCCACCGCGGGGCCCCCGCCAACGUCUCCUCGUCUGACCUCACUGCACGCCUCGACCAAUCACGCAUCACUGCAUCACAGGUCAGUGUGCCGUUUGAACAUCUGGCAAAGUGAGUUUCUCCUGACUGGCCUGCAGGUCAGUGGCAGUUCAGCAGCUGCAGGGUUUUAAAUGCCCCUUACUUUUUCAAAUGGAUGAAUGAAAACAUGAAUGAGUGGAGGAGGACAUGAGGAGUGGGAGUAGACGUUGCAGACCCUUAAAAGGGUGGGUGGGUGGGGGAUUGUGGCCAUCCAUGUGUCUGUCGGUAUGCUGUGUGAACGCUGGUGACCAGGAAGAGCCGAAGGAAAACGCUGAGACCAUAGAAACCAGUGGGACAAACUAACUCUUGGCUGGAACUGGUCGGUACUGCAUUUUGGGGUGCUGCCACAGGUAGGGUGGGGUUGAAACUACACGCAGGUCCCACCCCGUCUUUACUCUUACUCACCUGCCCAUCGACUCAGAGGCUCAACUUGCAAAAAAAAAAAGAAAAAGAAACCAAACAAAACAAAAACAAAACAAGUGCACAAAAUGGACAAAAUUUCAAUUGUGUGGUUUACACGUGAUUAAAAAAGAAAAAAAAAAUUCAGCUAUGAACCUGCUAACGCUGCUUAUGGUGUUCUUGAUUCUAAAUAAAUAUGUUAACGCCCGUGGAGACAAACACAGAGGUGUAGUGGAUAUGUGUGUGUGUAUAUAUAUAUAUAUAUACAUACAUAAAAUGAGACAUGAGAAUGCUUAAAAUGGACUAAGGAGAGGACCAGGAGAGUGAAUGUGACUUUGUGGAGGCUGCUUUUUUGUCAAUAAUUGUCAGUGUGUGUCUUCAUUGUGUUACCGUCUUAAAAGUUCGUUUUAACUUUAGAGUUGCUUUAGAGGGCCCGGAGAAAGGAAGGACAGGGGAGGGGGAAGUUUCUGUUGAUGAAUUAACCAUAAAUUCAGAAACAGAAAACUAGUCCCCCACCUAAAACUUCUUCUUCUUCGGCAAACUCAUUAUCGUCUUAUCUGUGGGAGAGUGACAGGAAAACGUGCUCAUUCGAUGUGGAAAGAGAGGGAGGAGGAGGAGGAGGAGGAGGAGGAAGGCUGCUUUGAGGACAGACUAAAAGGGAGAACCGCAAGGAUUGUAUGAUAUGAUAAAGCCUUAGUCCAGCUUGUAACUCCAGGUAUGAAAGGACUUGAGAAAGUUAUAAGAUCUUGGUGGUGAACAAGUCUGGUGUUACAGUUUUGUAUUUUUGUUCUUUUGCUUUUUUUUUGUUUACUUGUUUUAUGACACGUGUAAAAUGUGUAGAUAACCCUUGCCAGAAUGUGACAGAUUGUUUAAAGAUGGGGCUGGAGAGAAAUGUACUGUUUAUUACCUAACAGCCCUGCGAGGGGGGUGGGGGGUGAAGCAGAGAUUUUUACCAAUAACCUUUAGAGUCUGCCAGAAGUGUGUGUUUUGGUUUCCACUGUGGCAGGCAAUGACAGAAAGGUUCUUGUUAAUAUUUCAAGGAGGGUUGUGACCCGGGCUUGUCAGGACGGACGGGUGACACCGAUGGGAGAGAGCUGUCUGAUGUCCUGUGCAUUUCUUUACCAUGCUUCAACUUUAUUACUAUGACAUUUGUGUAU